AUGUCUACCGAAGCGAUCGAUUGGGAGGGUUUAUGGAGAGAAGGCAAGACCAUGUGGGAUGCGGGCCAACCAAGUCCUGCCUUGGUUGCUCUGUUUGAUAGCCAAGACACUAGGUCCCUUAUUCCUGAGCACGGACAAGGCUUAGUUCCGGGUUGCGGAUCAGGGUAUGAUGUUGUAUUUUUAGCUAAUAAGAAUAGACAUGUUACUGGCAUAGACUUGAGUAAAACUUGCGUUGAUUUAUUAGUCAAGAAUCACCCCAAUGCAACUGCUGAUAACUACGAUUUUAAGUGUGCUGAUUUUUAUAACUUUGACAUUCCUAAUGGGGGAUACGAUCUUGCUUAUGACUACACGUUUUUGUGUGCAAUGCCUGUUGCUUUACGACCUGACUGGGCAGCUCGAUACAGCGCUAUUAUUAAGAAGGGAGGUGUUUUGAUUACGCUCAUGUAUCCUAUCGAUGGCCACGAGGGAGGACCUCCAUUUGCUGUGAAUGAACAAUUGUAA